CUAGUUCCUAACAGCACAUUCUUUUGUUACCUAACUGCGUCAACGAUGCCUGAACCCGCCAAGGCUGCGCCCAAGAAGGGCUCCAAGAAAGCCGUGACCAAGACCGCCGCUAAAGGCGGCAAGAAGAAGAGGAAGACCCGCAAGGAGAGCUACGCCAUCUACGUGUACAAGGUGCUGAAGCAGGUCCACCCCGACACCGGCAUCUCCUCCAAGGCCAUGAGCAUCAUGAACUCGUUCGUCAGCGACAUCUUCGAGCGCAUCGCCGGCGAAGCCUCCCGCCUGGCGCACUACAACAAGCGCUCCACCAUCACCUCCAGGGAGAUCCAGACCGCCGUCAGGCUGCUGCUGCCCGGGGAGCUGGCCAAGCACGCCGUGUCCGAGGGCACCAAGGCGGUGACCAAGUACACCAGCUCCAAGUAGACGCUGCUACGAGCACCAGAAAACACAAAGGCUCUUUUAAGAGCCACACACUGAACUGAAGAACAUUAGACCUGUUGCUGAGGUUGUUUACGUGAUUGUCAUGGUUACAUGUUACUAGUGAUGGUGAGAUGAAGCCACAUGAGGCAUUAAACCACUUGAGCCAAAUAGUUCGAGAACUAGUUUAUCUCUAGAAAGCUUCAUGUGCACACAAGGCCACCUAGUGUAUAAUCACAGGCAGCUGUAUCUGAACCACAAUGCGUGAUUCAUUGAAUUGAACAGUGCCUGUAAUGUUUGUUAGAAAUGGCUAUGAAUCACAAAGUGUAUGACCGAAAGUCCAUAAUUAUUAUAUUUAAUGUAUUGUAUAUUUAAAGUAUUCAUAUAACUAUUACUGACUAAACCUGGACUCUUACUCACAGAGCAGAAGUUGAAUAUGUUGGUAAAGGUGAAUCAUGUAAAUCAAAGAAAGCAGAAAAAUUCUGACAAACAAUAUCAACUCGUGUCAAUAAACCAGAAACCGUUAAUAAACUGUCAUCAUUAAAGUA